AUGGAGGUGUCCCGUGGCGGUGCUGCCGCCGGCGGAGGGGCGCGGAGGGGGGAGGAGGAGGGAGGAGAGGUGAGCCUGCGGGAGUGGCUGGACCGGCCGGGCCGGGCCGUGGAGGCGCCCGAGUGCCUGCACGUCUUCCGCCAGGUGGCGGAGGCGGUGGCCGACGCGCACGCGCAGGGCGUGGCCGUCGGCAGCGCGCGCCCGUCCUGCUUCGUCGUGUCCCCGCCCUUCUCCCGCGUCGCCUUCAUAGAGUCGGCCUCGGGCUCGGACGCCUCCGGCUCCGACGCCUCCGAGGACGCCGACCACGACGCCGAGCCUCCGCGCCGGGGUCACGGCGCGGGCCGAGGGGGGGAGGAGCGCGGCGAGAAGGGGUUCCCGCUCAAGAGCGUGCUGGCGAUGGAGCUCAAUUGGUACACUAGCCCCGAGGAGGCUGACGACAGCGGCGGCGGCGCUACCUUCGCCUCCGACGUGUAUAGAUUAGGCGUGCUCCUGUUCGAGUUGUUUUGCAGCUUCGAAACGUUGGAGGAGAAGAUGCGGGCAAUGGCCAAUCUGAGGUACCGCGUGUUGCCGCCACAGUUGCUGCUCAAGUGGCCCAAGGAAGCAUCCUUCUGCCAGUUGAUGAUGCACCCUGUACCGGACACCCGACCCAAGAUGAGUGAGGUGCUACAAAGUGAGUUCCUUAAUCAAUCAAGGAAUAGUUUGGAAGAGCGCGAGGCAGCUCUUCGGUUACGUGAAGAGAUAGAAGAACAAGAACUGCUGCUGGAUUUUCUUCUCCAGUUGCAGAAAAGAAAGCAGGAUAUAGCAGACAAUUUGCAGGACACUGUCGCCUUUCUCUCUUCUGACAUCAAUGAGGUACUCCACCGGCAGUCAGCCCUCGGUCAGUGUGGAAAUUUCUCAAUUGAGUUGGAUAAAGAGGUGUCCUCUGGAACUGUUGAAGAUCAGAGUGACUGUGGAUCCAGAAAGCGUUUCAGACCUGAACUGCACGCUGUUGAUAUGGAGGAACACAGUCGUAGUCUGGAAGAAUGUUCUAGAACAGUGCCAUCAUCUGUGGUAAUUCAGGAAAGUGUGUUGUCAAAAAGCUCAAGGUUAAUGAAGAACUUCAAAAAACUAGAAACAGCAUAUUUUCUAGCAAGAUCCAAGUUGGCAAGGCAAGUUGGCAAUCCACUGAGAAGUUGCGAUCAGGUUGUCAAGAGAACUACUGGUUCAGCUGUUGGAACUGAAGGGAGUUCAAUAGAUGAUUUUGCUUUAGAAGGGCAUUCUGGUAGAAGACAAGGAGGUUGGAUGAACUCUUUUCUUGAAGGAUUGUGCAGGUACUUGUCAUUCAGCCAGUUGAAAGUUCGGGCGGAACUGAAGCAAUGCGAUCUGCUGAACUCAUCAAAUUUAGUAUGCUCUGUAGGCUUUGACCGGGAUAAUGAGUUUUUCGCAACUGCUGGUGUAAAUAAGAAGAUAAAAGUCUUUGAAUAUAAUAUGAUCGUAAAUGAACACCGUGACAUUCACUAUCCUGUGGUUGAGAUGUCUAAUAAAUCAAAAUUAAGUUGUAUUAGCUGGAACAGUUACAUGAAGAGCCAUAUAGCAUCUAGUGACUUUGAUGGUCUCGUACAGGUUUGGGACGUUACUAGGAGCCAAGUUUUCGUUGAAAUGAGGGAGCAUGAGAGGCGUGUGUGGUCAGUAGACUUCUCACUUGCAGACCCAACCAAAUUGGUUAGUGGGAGCGAUGAUGGUACUGUGAAGCUGUGGAGCAUGAAUCAGGCAAUUCUAUUCUUGCACCUGCUGCUGGGAGUGUUGGCACUAUCAGAACAAGGGCAAAUGUCUGCUCAGUGCAAUUUCAACCUGAUUCAGCUCGCUCCAUUGCAAUCGGCUCUGCAGAUCACAAAAUUUACUGCUAUGAUCUUCGCAACAUACGGGCUCCUUAUUGUACACUAG